UCUAACUUUAAGGUUUUAAUUGUUGUUUGACCUAAACUUGUACUUUACAACAUAACUGCUACUGUAAAAUAAAAAAGGACAGACCACUAACAGUGUCAUGUCCCAUAUAAGUUCUACUCACUCCAAUACAAUAUGUACUUCUAAACUGUAUGUAGAAAACUGUUGGAAGUGUGUUUUAAUUCUUAACAUAUAUGCUCUCACAAACUGUGGUUUCCAAUAGAGGAAGUAUGCUUAUCAAGUUUUAACUCAGUUGAAUCUUGGAAGAAGUUGUCAAUUAUGCAGAAAGAAAAUUCAAGCAUGAGAGUACUUAGGUAAUCUCUUGAACUUUAAACUUCCACAUCAUAGUAUUGGGUUCGAUCUAAGAUAAGACAUGGAAUAAAUUCCCGUCUAAGAUAAGACUGAAUCAGUUUGCCUAGAGGUUGACACAACUGAGAACAUGGCUUUUGACGGUAGCUGGAAGGUAGACCGGAGUGAAAACUAUGACAAGUUCAUGGAAAAAAUGGGUAUCAACAUGGUAAAAAGGAAGCUUGCAGCUCAUGACAAUUUGAAGCUGAUAAUUACACAGGAAGGAAAUAAAUUCACAGUCAAAGAAUCAAGUACUUUUCGAAACAUUGAAAUUGUUUUUGAACUUGGUGUCACUUUUAAGUACAGCCUAGCAGAUGGAACUGAACUCACUGGGAGCUGGACCAUUGAAGGAAACAAACUUGUCGGAAACUUCCAACGCGUGGACAAUGGGAAGGAGCUGAAGACUGUUCGCGAAGUCAUGGGCAGUGAGCUAGUCCAGACUUAUACAUAUGAAGGAGUAGAAGCCAAGAGGAUCUUUAAGAAGGAAUAA